AUGAUUCCUCGUCUCAGCAAUUUGUUUGGUCUGCUUAACCCUCUGCACCGCUCAAAGGGUGUGGAAAGUGGAUAUCGCAGUCCUCCACCACCCUACUCCAGCCGACCCAUCGUACCCAAAGUGGACGCUGAUGGGUUCACCCCAGAGGAGAGGGCAGAAAGGCAAGCUGAAUUCUUACUUGCGAUCGAGACAAGGAUGAUGCAAACACCCAACCUCGGGAUGGAUGACGAUGAGGAUGAUAUUCCCCUCGGUGAACUCUUUGCCAUGAAAGAACGGCAUAAACUAGCUGUCCUGCUGGACUGGGUGUCGAUUCAACGAAUCAUCUCUUCGUUGGACGCGUAUGAGGAGCAUGAUACGCUUGCAAGGUGUAGGGGUGAGUACCUCAUGCCAGAUGAAGAACGCACGCAAGCUAUUUGCCAGGCUUGGGCCGACGACAUUGCCCUGCAACAGCGCAUCCUUGCACAGUCGAGGAAACAAGACAGGCUUCCCAAUAGGCCAGCCGGGCCUGUGUAUGUGCCGCAGUUCAAUAGCAGGCGGGAGAGAUUGAUGGAUGCCAGAGACUUGGCACGACGAUUGGAGCGAGCAUUGCAGCAGGAAGCAAGUCAUUGA